AUGAACACGCUAUUUGGGCCCGUUACGCUCGACAUUUGCCGAGACGUGCACAUCCUGGUGACAUUGGCUGCUUUGCCUCAGAGACGCGAGGACUGUCCCAACUUGAAAUACUGCCACUUUCUCACCGCCGGCUUCAAUUACGUAGCCAAGUCUUCAUUGUUCAUGGAUCCGUCCAUUCGAUGGACCUCGUCGUCUGGUAUCCACGCACCCGCCGUCGCCGAGUGGAUUUUCAUGGCCUACAUUGCUCACCAGCGGGAGUAUGAUGCACAGCGCCAGGCCCAGCUGCAGCGACAGUGGCGUGGCUACGAGUUUCACGCCAUGCAACACCAUCGCGGACUGAGCGGCCAACGCCUCGGCAUUCUUGGAUACGGGAACAUUGGCCGUCACGUCGCAAAAGUCGCUGCAGCGUUCAAUAUGGAUGUCAUCGCGUACACGGCAACGGCUCGAGAAAGCUCCAGCGCUCGCCUGGACAACGCAUAUCGACUGCCUGGCACGGGAGAUCCUGAAGGCACCAUUCCCAGUCUGUGGUUUCAUGGCACCGAGAAGGCAGAUAUUCAUCGAUUCCUGGCGCAAAACCUCGAUAUACUCGUCAUCUGCCUCCCGUUGACCGAGAAGACUCGAUACCUUCUCGGGAAAGAAGAAUUCGACGUGUUGCGCAAUGGCAAUUCUGGUGGUGGCGGAACCUUCAUCUGCAACGUCUCUCGAGGCGAAAUCAUUCAACAAGAAGACCUGAUCAAUGCCCUAUCGACAGAGUCUUCGGGAAUCCGUGGAGCGGCAUUAGACGUGCAGUCACCCGAGCCCCUGCCACCAGAUAGCCCCCUGUGGAAAGCUCCCAAUUGCUUCAUCACCCCUCACAACUCCAGCCAAGAUGAUAGAUACCUACUGCAUGGACUGGAUAUCUUGUUGAUAAAUUUGGGAAAAUCUUCGGACCAGAGGUUGGUCAAUGAGGUCGACAGGACGAGAAAAUAUUGA